AAUACUAUGAAAGUACGAUUAGUCGCAAACGAAAUUCUGAGUGAGCAACAUGGAAUCGAGUGAUACAUUCAACUGUGCCAUCAGAAUCAAAGAAGAACCUUGUGAUGAGUCCUCUCAUGAAAACGAUCAUCAAGUAAUCGACCAGACAUCGUCAGUUGGAAAGAUUCAAAACUUCGAGUUUCUGCGAGAAGAUUCAACUCGAGUGCUUCGAAAAUUUAACAAACAUCAUGGACAUGAACUGGACGACGUUCGAAUCGAGUUCGAAUGUAAAGACGAGAAGCUCAAGGUGGAUUUACUAGCAGUUACAAAAGUCGAGGAUUACUCUCAAAAUUACUGGCAAGAUAUGAACUAUAUCAAUGAUCGUGAAACUUUAAACAAAAUUAAAGUAGAAACUGUAGAGGUAGUAAAGAAAGAAAUUUUGGAGGACGAAGCAAUAAAUUUUGACUGCGAACUCAGCGAACGAAAUCCAAAAAGAAAUGCUGUAAAACAAUCUCUGUUUACUGGUAACUCCCACAAGUGUGACACGUGUAGAAAAUCAUUUGUAAAUGAGAAAAGUCUCAAACGCCACAUUGUCUCGGUGCAUCACAAAAUUACUUAUGCAUGUGAAUUAUGUGAAAAGACAUACACACGAAAGGAUAAUCUCAAAACCCACAUCGAGGCGGUGCACAAGCGUGUCACCCAUGCAUGUAAUUUAUGUGACAAGAUAUUUUCACAACAUGGUAAUCUCAAACGCCACAUUGAUUCGGUACAUAAUAAAAUGACUCAUACAUGUCACACGUGUGAAAAGUCAUUCACACAAAAAUAUUAUCUUCAAGUGCACAUUAACGCAGUGCAUAAUGGUAUCAAACCCACAUGUGAUAUAUGCGAAAAAAAAUUUAUAUUCAAGUCUGAUCUCAGAGUCCAUAUCGAGUCGAUUCAUGGAGGCAUCACUUUCGCUUGCACCAUGUGCGAGAAAAAAUUCACACACAAGAAUUAUCUCCAAAUCCAUGUCGACUCGGUGCACCGUGGCAUUACCCAUCAAUGCAAUGAAUGUGAAAAGAAAUUCCGCAGAAAAGAUGAUUUCAAAAAUCACAUCAAUGCAGUACAUAAUGGUGUCACUCGUAAAUGUGAUUUUUGUGAAAAAAUAUAUCGGCAUCAAUCUGCUCUCCGGAGACAUGUGAAAGCGUCGCAUAAUGGUAUCACACAUAAAUGCGAGACGUGCGAAAAGACUUUCGGACAAAAAAAGAGCCUCAGAGCUCACAUCGACAUGGGGCAUCGCUCGCGCAUUACGUCCGAAUAAAUGUAUAAAAUUCUAGGAUCAAUUUUAUUAAAAAUCUUUAUUUGUCAUUCGAUUUAUUUGUAAACAAUGUAGUUUAAAUAUUUUCAUUCAUUAUGUCAUGAUUGACUUAUACUAUGUCACGUUAUCUCGCUGUAUUAUACAAAAAAAUGAAACUAGCAUCCAAGCUAAAAAUAAAUAAUGUAUUGAAAAAUAA